AAAGAUAGCAAGUAGACUGUUACUAAUUACUAAUUAGACUUGCACAUGUACUCCAAAUCAACCUUCCAAGGCGAGCCUCUGCAUUUUCUUACUCCAGCUUCUCGCACACCAUGUAAUCACACUUUUCCAAUCUUCUAGCUUGGGAUAAAUGCGCCCCUGCAACAUGAUUCCAGCACAUAUCUCCUAUAUGAACACUUCACAAACAAAUGAUCAUAAUUCAUAAGCUAAUUGAGUUCCACACCCUACGGGCAUAAUAUUUCUGCAAUUUCUCCCCAUUCCAAGCAAGUGGGAUAAUAGUAUCGUAUCGUUAAUGGCGACUGCUUCUGCUUCGGUGCUUGCUCAUGCCAUAUGCUCACUUUCCCCAGCCUUUCCACGAUGUUCCCCAUUUAUAACCCUAACUCCAACCACUAGCAGUACCUCUGGUUUUGUUUCCCCGAACUCCGUCGCACUGAGGCUCACAAAGCAAGGUUUCCUCCCCCUGAGCUCGCAAUUCCACAACCCUAAGACUCGAAACUCUCCUUCCGGUCUGGCUGUCGUUGCUGCCCAGUCUAAUUUCUUGAGAGCUAUCCAAACCGUGUGGAAGGUUGGGAAGGAUGGCACCGAUGCGGGAAUCAGCCUAGUGCCUGUCUCCAUUCCAAGGCCCAUUGCCAGAGUUUCAGUGACCGUUGCUCUGCUCACUGUUUCUUUCAUUCUGCUGAAAUCAUUCUUGUCUACAGCGUUCUUUGCGCUGGCUACGAUGGGGCUGGUAUAUUUCCUGUUCAUUGCCUUCAACAAAGAUCAAGGUCCCAAAGGAGGGAGAGAUUCGGACGCUCCGACUUUUUCAUCAGAGGAGGAAGCUGUAAAGGAAGCUCGAAGAAUAAUGGAGAAGUACAAGAAAUAGUCCUGGCACAGGCUUAGCAGCAGCCUCAUAUCUUUAACUGGAGGUUCAUGAUCAGCCUAGAAGCUCAAAUAUCUGAAAGGCUCCUUCUUGGUAUUAGAUCAGGUGUAUCAUAGAUUUGCUGUUCCUUACAUCUUUAUAUUACUAAUACAAGUGCUUCUACAGAUUUGGGUCAAUGCCACUCCUGAAAAUACACUCACCAUUGCUUCGAAAUGGGCUUCUAUUUAUUUCCUUGUAUUUGUUUGCUCACACCUUCAUUGUCAGAUUGAGGACACACAAGACGAACAAAUUGCAUAAAGCUGA